UUCCUGUUCCUUUCCAUCGUUCGUUCAAGGGAGACAUGGCCGCCAAAUUCUGUUGCUGCUUGCCUUUGCGAUUGGGCGUAUUCAUCUUCACGCUCUUCCAGUUCCUGGUUAAUGGAGCUUCAGCCGCAUUUCUGUGGUUCGUUCUUUUCUCUCCGGAUACAGUUGACCAAUGGCAUGCCUUGGCCGAAUACGCAAGAAUCGCGGUCAUUGUAAUCGCGGCCGUGUACAGUUUCGUUUCACUCACCGGUCUUCUUGGCUUCUUGGGCGCUCUCUUCAGGAAGAAUGGAUUGGUGAAAACCUACUACGCCGUCCUCUGGAUCGAGUGGCUCUUCCAGAUCGGCAGCGGUAUCUGGUUCACUGUUACCUUCUUCAGGGCAAGACGCCGUGCCGACGACGAUGACUGCGAUGAUAUCUUCCCUGACGAGGACUUCGACUUCUGUGAAGGUUUGGAGAACCUGCAGAAAGUGCACCCUGCAUGGGUUAUCGCCCCCCUCGUGGUGUCCACGCUUAUCACUGCAUACGUGAUCUAUGUCACCCACCACUACAUCAAGCGCCUCAAGGAACAGAAAGAAAGCAAGAACUACCUGCGGUCGAACCCUGCUUACGUUCCUGUCCAGCAAAAGGGUGACGAAGGCCUCCCCUUGACUCAACCACAGAUGACCUACCCUUACACUGAUGGUAGCAACUCGUUUGGCUCCAACAAGCCAGCGACAAACACUGCCUACGAUCCUGUCCCCGUCAAAACGACUGUCUAAAUGGCUGUAGUUUGCAGUGAAUUCUCGCUUUCUUCGCAACUUAUACCAUGCAUACUUGGACUUGUUAUCGGACACUGUAGUGUACAUUUUUGUUUUAUCUAGCAUCAAAUUACUGUCUUCUAUCAUGUUGAACGC